UUGUCUAUACUUGUUGGAUGUCAAACUCAAACGUCACUAAUGUUUGCUGUCAUCCGCCUUCAAAUUAGUCAUUUAAUUAAUUUCUGAUAAACUGAAAUAUCCGUGACCGUAAACUGUGAAAAUGCCGUCUCCGCAACAAAACAAUGAGAGUUCCCCCGAGCCCGCACCAGAAACGUCCACUUCGAAAGACAAUAAGGAAAAAGGGGCCACUACUAAUGAAAUAAUGAUAAUAGACCCCGACACUCUUGAGCUGGACUUAAACCAUGGUAGAGUCAGUAAGCUUGAAAACCUUGAGCCCCUAACACAAAUUGAACGUCUCUUCUUGAGGUGGAAUUUGAUCACAAAAAUUGAGAAUUUGGACACGUUAGUGACACUCCGCGAAUUGGAAUUGUAUGAUAAUCAGAUCGUUAAAAUGGAAAAUUUGGGAUGUUUGGUCAAUCUAGAGAUUCUAGAUCUCUCAUUUAAUCGUAUUAAGGAGAUUGAAGGACUGGAGAAUUUGCACAAUUUGGAAAAACUCUUCCUGUCAUCAAACAAAAUCAGCAAAAUCAAAAAUGUGAAACAUUUGAAGAAGUUAACAAUGCUGGAGUUGGGGGACAACAAGUUGAGGGAGAUAGAGAAUCUGGAAGAUAUGCCGGCCUUGACUCAUCUCUACUUGGGCAAAAAUAAAAUAUCAAAAAUAAAAAACUUAGACUCCUUGACCAAUGUGACGUGUCUGAGCCUUCAAAGCAACAGAAUAACGCAUAUCGAGAAUUUAGAUAAACUCACACAACUAACCGAGUUGUACAUUUCUGAGAACGGAAUUCAUAAAAUUGAAAACCUCACACAUAAUACGCUUCUUCAGACUUUGGAUUUGGCGAAAAAUAAAAUUAAGUUGAUUGAAAACAUCGAUCAUUUGGACGAUUUGGAAGAGUUUUGGAUGAAUGAUAAUCAAGUUUCUGAUUGGGCGACCGUUGAGAAUUUGUCAAAGAAUAAAAAGUUGGCAACAGUGUAUCUAGAGAGAAAUCCGGUCGAGAAGGAUCCGAUGUAUAGGAGAAAAUUGAAGAUGAUUGCGCCCUCUUUAACACAGAUCGACGCAACUUUGUGUCAGUCGUAAUUAUUCCCCAUCCUGUUUUGUAAAUUAAGGAAAUCAUUGUUGCCAUCUGUGCAUUUAAUGUAUUUUUUGUUUUAAGUAAUUUCAAUUCAUUAGCUAACGAGUAAUGAUUAAUUUUAUGCAUCUAAUAAUAUACCUACCAAUAUGAAAACACUUCAUCCAUUUGUAAAAAUCGGUUUUAAUUUUGAUAAGCUGCUCGACCCUGCUACGUAAAAAUAAACCCAAAUAACAAUAA